GCAGUUUGCUUCGUAUCGCAAUCAGAGCUGUACCAUCGGAGCUGAGAAGUCAUUGGAAGACUUAGCCGAAUAGUUGAGCUCAAGCCCAUUUGGAUGUUCAUUCAAAGGAUUCUUUCUUUUGGCCUCAGACAGUGCUAGCAAUUUGCUAUAACCUAUUUUCUUCUAGCCUGAGUUCUGAUCUCGUGAGAUCAGUGAGCAAAAGAGAUGGCAGAUUCCGCAGUGUCCUUUUUGAUUGAGAAGCUUGCUAUGUUCGUUGAGAAAGAGGUGAAACUAUUGAAAGGGGUACGUGGAGAAAUUGAACUCAUCAGAGAUGAAUUUGAGCGUAUGAAGGCCUUCUUAGAAUGUGCUGACUCGUCACAAGAAGAUGACCCUGAGUUGAAGGUGUGGGUGAAACAUGUCAGAGAUGUUGCAUUCGAUGUGGAGGAUAUACUGGACGAAUUCACGCUCAACUUGGCAAGAGAUCAUGGAGAUGGGGUUAUGAGGUACUUUCACAAGAUCAAGCCAUCCAUAAAAAACUUGAAAGCACGCCAUCGUCUCUCCUCCAAAAUAACAGAUAUCAAGUCAAGAGUCAGCAGCAUUAGCGAAGGGCAUCAGCGAUACCACUUCAAGUCAUAUUGCACAGAGCAAAGUGCUAGCGCAUCCAUCAGAGGCACCUCAUGGCACUACUUCAGGGAGAAUGCUUUUCUAAUCGAGGAAGGUAAACUGGUGGGGAUUGACGAGCCGAAAGAAGAGCUUAUUAAGUGGCUGGUUGACGAAGAACCCAAACUUGAAGUGGUGUCAAUCUCAGGGAUGGGGGGUUCAGGUAAGACCACUCUAGCAAAAAGAGUCUACGACAAUCCGCGAGUAAAAACCUACUUCCAAAGCCAUGCAUGGAUCGGUGUCUCACAAUCUUAUAAGAUUCAGGAGAUUUUGAGGGACAUGAUUGAACAACUUCAUGGAGAAAUUAAGCAACCGGCCCCUCAAGGAAUAGAAUCAAUGAAUAGCAUGAGGCUCAAGCAGAUAAUGAAAGACUUUCUGCAGCAAAAGAGGUAUGUCAUUGUCCUAGAUGAUAUAUGGAACUUGGAAGUACUAGAAGCUAUAAAAAAUGCAAUGCCUAAUAGCAAUUGCAGUAGCCGAAUAAUAAUCACCACUCGCAUAGCCGACAUUGCUACUGACUCAUCCAACCAAUCAAAAGUUUAUACCCUAAAGCCCUUGUCUCCAAAAGAAUCAUGGUUAUUAUUCUGUGAGAAAGCCUUCCGUGGGAAAUCUUGUCCUCCUGAUCUAGAAAACCUUUCUGGACUAAUUUUGAAAAAAUGUGAGGGUUUGCCACUUGCCAUAGUGGCAAUUGGUAGUCUUCUCUUUGCAAAAAAUGUUCGGGAAUGGGAGAUGAUUUCUCGCAGCCUUGGUGCAGAAUUAGAAAGCAAUGACAGGAUGCAAAAUUUUAGGAAAAUUCUCAGCUUGAGCUACAAUGAUCUAGAUUGUAACUUGAAAAGCUGCUUUUUGUACUUGGGAGUAUUUCCAGAGGAUCAUGUGAUUGAGUGUAUGAGACUCAUCCGUCUGUGGAUUGCAGAAGGACUUGUUAAGGAAAGAGAAGGGUUGACACAGGAGGAGGUUGCUGAAAGAUACCUGAAAGAGCUUAUAAACAGAAAUUUGGUGCAAAUUGCACAAACAACUUUAGACGGAAGGCUAAAAAGUUGUAGGGUACAUGACCUAAUGCGUGAAAGUAUCCUUUCUAAGUUAAGAGAUGAAAACUUCGUUUCAUUUGCAUUUGAGCAAAAAACUGAAUUGCACGAAAGAGUUCGGCGUAUGUCAGUCCAAUACACUUGCAACAACUCACUGAACCAGCUAAAUCUCCCUAGCCUACGCUCCCUGCUCAUUUUUGAGUUAGGAAUGUUGUCUAGCUUGGACGAGCAAUUCUUCCCAAGUGCCUCUAAGCUGCUGAGGGUGUUAGAUCUGAGAGGUUCAUCCCUUCACAAGUUCCCCCAACAAAUAGUAGUUAUGUUCCACUUGAAGUAUCUAAGUUUAAGAGAGACCAAUGUGCGCAUCAUUCCUAGGUCAAUUGGGAAACUCCAAAAUCUGGAGACGCUGGAUCUUAAAUACACGUUGGUCUCUGAGUUACCUGUGGAGAUAACUAAACUCAAGAAACUACAGUUUCUGUUGGUGUACAGUUAUGCAGAAAUCACCACUUCUGUACCGUUUGGACUUAGAAAGGGAUUUACAGCUCCCCAGGGCAUUGGAGCACUGGCAUCACUGCAGAAACUGUCCUGUAUUAAAGCUGGAGGUUGUUGGAGUAAAAAUAUAAUGCGAGAGCUUGGAGAGUUAAGUCAACUAAGGAGGCUCGGUGUAAGGGAUCUGAAAAAAGAUGAUGCAAAGGAACUAUGCCACUCCCUCGAGAAGAUGACCAACCUUCGAUCACUAGAUGUGGCUGCAAAAAGUGAGUCUGAAGUUAUUGAUUUGGAUUUUCUAUCUUCACCUCCCCUGCUCCUUCAGGUUCUAUAUAUUGAAGGAUGUUUGAAGGAGCUGCCUCAUUGGCUUCCUCUGCUGAACAAUCUGGUCAAAGUGCGUUUGGGAUGGAGUAAAUUAGAAUCUAGCCCCCUAAUUGCUCUCCAGAAAUUACCCAAUCUCGUGGAGCUUGAACUGACUAAUGCCUUCAAUGGGGGAACGUUGGUUUUUGGAGAUGGAGGAUUUCCAAAGCUCAAGGAUCUAUGGCUCGUCAAGCUGGAAAAUUUGAGAUUUGUGUUGGUGAAGAGUCGGGCAAUGCCUUGCCUUCAAAGUCUCUCCAUUCACGGGUGCAGGCACUUAGACUGGCAAUCAUUAGUGUUGGUCCUUCACGGCCUGACCCUCGCUAACCUCAACCGUCUCCAAUUCUACGACAUGCCAGAGGAAUUUGUUCUUGCGCUCUAUCCGUGUAGAAGUAGCACAAUAAGGAAGGGCAUUCUGCAAGAGCUCUAUGAAGAGGUGAUGGAACGCAUCCCGGAAGUCUACUUUAACUGGUGGGAAGAGGAUCACUGGAUGCGGUAUGAUCUUAGCUUCGAUUCCUAUCAGGUCAUCAAGAGUAGGGUGAUUGAGCCGUGUCAGAGCGAUUGCUCUGGACUUUCGUUUCUCUGUUGUGACGAAUGUCGUCAUUACGCCUUUGAGUACUGCUGCAUCACCGGCAAGCAAGUUCACCACGGUUUGACUGCCGUUCGAAGCUCAGGACUCUUAGCCAAUGCGUUCUUGUGGUUUCAUCGAUUUGACGACACCGCGUUCAUCAUCUCGUCACUGGUGACUUCUCACACUUUACGCUUCUUGACGCACGCGCUCUCACGCGCCGCCAUUAUUGGUGCUCUUGAGUUUUGGUUGUUUUCUGUGCUAUUGGAUUUGAUAUGGGUUCUUAGAAUGGCGCUUCCGCCAGUGAGUUUCAGGAACCCUAAGGACUGGGAUACUGUUGUAGCGCAUCACCGCUUCCCGGGUCAGGUGCAUCUUUACGAUAAGUAUUUCUCCACCAUCUGGGUGGAUAAGGGAUCGGGGGAAUGGAUACCCCAUCGAUUCCUGACGUGGUUCAUCCGGGAUGGCGAUCUGCUGAUCGGUCCUCUGCAAGAUUUUGAUAGGCUGCCCAGUAGGGGCCUCGAGGACGCCGACUGGGAUCCCAUGGAGCUGGACCCUCAUGACGGUGCAGUAGAGAAUCUUGCCCCCGCUUCACCAGUGAUCGACUCGUACACCUCCGAUUAUGACUCGACGGAGUUUGAGUCCGCUGGAUCCGAGUAA